AUGGCAGACCUCAAACUAGAUAUUUCAGGACCGGGAGGAGAGAGAAUCGUUAUACCCGCGGGGCUACUCAUCGAUAACGUCUUCGUUCCAUCUGUCGAAGGUGCAACCUUGCAAGUUCAAAAUGCUCAUUCGGGGGCAACAGUUGGGGCCAUUGCUUCUGCCACGCAGAAGGAUGUCAACGCCGCAGUCAAAUCAUCUUCCCAAGCAUACGAAACAGUUUGGAAAUUUUCUACCGGGGCGACCCGGCGACAACUUCUCAACAAACUCGCCGACUUGAUCGAGCGAGACCUUCAGCUUUUCGCAACUCUCGAGGCCAUCGAUAUUGGCCAAUUGGUCUCCACCAACAUAGGCGCACUUGGUCCAAUGGCUGUAGAGUGGUUGCGAUACUUUGCUGGAUGGGCAGACAAGCUAGACGGCAGAAGCGCGAACUGGGACGCUGGAUCCGAAAGACAAGGCCUAUCGUACACGAUUCGUGAGCCUUAUGGUGUUACUGCGGCUAUUGUGCCAUGGAAUACGCCAUUAGCUAACAUGGUAACCAGAAUGCUUUCAUGCUGGAAGAUCGCUCCUUGCAUUGCCGCCGGAAAUACCUUGAUUUUGAAAUCGCCGGAACUUGCACCACUCUCCUGUCUGCAUCUCGCACAGUUGAUAGUCGAGGCAGGAUUCCCACCAGGCGUAAUCAAUAUCAUAACCGGCUUAGGUACAGUGGCAGGCGCCGCGCUGGCACACCACAUGCAAAUUCGCAAGAUUGCAUUCACUGGCUCCACACUCACCGGCCGCUCCAUUCUUAGGGCGUCAGCAGACAGUAACCUCAAAAAAGUAUCGCUUAAACUUGGAGGGAAAAGCCCAACGAUAAUCUUCGCUGAUGCAGACUUUGACGACGCAGUUGAGUGGGCUGCGGUAGGAAUCACACUGGGUGAAGGCGAAGUCUGUGCGGCUGGAUCAAGGAUCUACGUUCAGGAUUCAAUCUAUCAAAAGUUUCUGCAGGCCUUUGCCAAUAGAUGCAAGACAGCGAUUGCUGGAGACCCGCUCGCCCCACAGACCGCGAAAGGACCUCUUAUCAGCAAGCAGCAGCGCGACAAGGUCAUGUCAUACAUUGAUGACGCCAAGUCACGCGGUAUCAAAGUACUCUUCGGUGGUACUUCAGAUGCCCCAAGCAAUGUCGUGGCUAAUACCGCGUUCGUUGAUGUACCCGAAGAUGUGCCUCUCAUGAAAGAAGAAGUUUUUGGGCCAGUUGCGGCUAUUGCCAGUUUUACCACCGAAGAUGAAGUCGUUCAGAAGGCUAACGACUCGGAAUAUGGCCUUGCUGCUUCCGUGUUCACGAGGGACCUUGUCCGAGCUCAUCGUGUCGCGGCACGUCUCCAAAGUGGCCAGGUCACAGUGAACGCUUGGGGUAUGCUUGCUGCCAACAUGCCAUUCGGAGGUAACACUGUCUUACAACAUCGUUCGCUUGAUAAACUACUAACAGCUUAUCUCUAG